GAAACCACCACCAGAUUUCCAUUUCAUAUUCAUAUUCACCGCUGAUUCGGCCCUCUGCUUGCGAGUGCCCCCACGCUGCUUCCCAAACUUCCAUUGCUAAAAUCCUAAACCCCUUCACCAGUUUGCGGGGAAGAUCUGUUCAGUGCGAAAAGCACAAUACAGAACAACAAGUUAAAGCUUCUCACUCGAAGAGCAGCACAAGCCUGUUAAAGUUGUUUAUCAGAAAUUGUAACGUCGUACUGAGUAAUUGGAGUUUUAUUUUGGUGGGAACCCUUCAAUUUUCGCCGGAGUUCGUUGAUUGCCCUCAUACUUUUUCCUUAAUUGCUGUCUCGUCAUUUUGAGAAGAGGGGUCGAUCCGUAAUUGUUUAUCUUUUUUUUAUUUAUUAUUAUUUAAAUACCUUUUUCUAGUUCAUAUGAAUGUUGUUUUAGCCUUUUGAAGGAAUUGGGAUGACGGCUGAGACCUAAAUCGAUUGAAUCAUCUGGUUAAUUCAUUAGAAAAAUGUAAAGAAUUACGGACGGACUAGGAGAUGAGUUUUGGACCUCCUGACUAUGAUUUUUAGACAAUAUACUUCUACUUUACCUGUUUUUUGAAUGUGGUGGUACCUUCUUGACAUUGAAUCUUCCCUUGCCGAGUUUUAAUCUGAUUAAUGUCUGUUAGUCAAUGAUCAUUUAUUUUCUUCUCCACCUUGACUACUUGAACUGAUCCCAUUUGGUGAUCAAUACCCUGUUUUCGUUAUUGUUUGUCAUUGUUUCCUGCUGCUUUGUUCUAGAGAGAGCCACAUAUUGGAUCAAUUGCUGUCUUAUCAACCUCCCUGAACCAUGUCUAGCAUUCAGAUUUUUUCCUUAGUUCCACACUGUUACAUCUAGCUCUUAAGAGUUUAAAAGAAAGAUAUGGGAGGCAGAGGAGUUAUUGGUCAUAAAUGGUUCAUGAGGGUUCUUUGGGUCUGUGCCCUCGGUAGUGCGAUCGGUUUGUAUAUGGUUGCUCAAGAAAGACAAUUACAGAACAGGCAAAGAAUGUUGGCUGAGAGUUUGAAAGAUGUGGAAUCAGGAGGCUGUGGGGAAAGUGUUUAGGCUUCUGAGGGAGUUGUCGUAAUGUGAGCUCCGGACAAUCAAUAAUGUGAGUUUCCAACAAUGUGAAAUAAUUAGAGCCAUGUUUAGUAUUGAAUCUGGAUUUCAUUUGAAUUCAUGGGAUACAAUUCAUUAUACUGAAUUGGUGUUUAGUAGGCCAUUUCGAGA